AACAAAUCACAACAUUAAAAAAGAGCUGAGUUGUCAUCACUUAUAAUCUGUAAAUACAACAAAUGUCUUUGUUAGAACUUUACAGCGCAAAAACAAAAAAAUUGUUUAAUAAUUAAUAAAAUUAAUAACAAGUUUCUAAUUUAAAAUGCAAAUGAAGAUGCCUAUUUUUAAAUGUAGAACUCCAGUAUAAAUAAAAGUGCCUUAAGCUAUACACUAAAUUUAAUAUUUUGUUUAAUCCAAGGUUCAUCUACGCCCCAUUUUCCAGCAUUCUAAAGGAAAAGCGUUUGCUGAAAUUUAAUAUCUGCCAUGGGAAAUUGUUUAAAGAUCAAUAGUUCAGAUAACAUUUCUUUAUUGCGCGGAAGUGAGAGCAAUAAUGGGCAGGAAUAUACACCAGAUACGCAAAACACAGGACCUAUUUAUUCGGAACUAAUACAACCAGUAUUUUACCCCUCUUCCUCCAUCGGACGUUCUGAAGUUGCAACUUUAUCGGAAGAGGAACAAAUUAAAAUAGCCAAACGUAUUGGUCUUAUCCAACAUUUACCGAUUGGGACAUACGAUGGUUCUUCAAAAAAAUCCCGUGAAUGUGUUAUUUGUAUGAUUGAUUUCUGUGUUGAUGAGGCUGUGCGUUAUUUACCAUGUAUGCAUAUUUAUCAUGUCAACUGUAUAGAUGAUUGGCUAAUGCGUAGCCUAACUUGCCCUAGUUGUAUGGAACCUGUUGAUGCAGCUUUAUUAAAUAGUUAUGACACAACAUAACAUUAACAUAUAAUAUAAAAUUGUUUUUAGUAUGUUUAAUUAUACCCUACACCACUAUAGUGUGGAGGGUAUUAUGCGUUUGUGCUGAAGUUUGUAACACCCAAAAAUAUUGGUCCUAGACCCACCUUAAAGU